AUGAAUUAUCCAUCAAAAAAAGAUUUAUUAACACAAAAUGGACUUACUGGUGCUACUGAUAAAUAUCGACAUAGUACCAUGAUUAAUGUUGUUCAACCAGCCAUUGUUUUAUUAAAUCCUGGUAAAGAUGAAGGUUCUCUAACAGCUAAAGCAAUGACAAAAGAAGCACAAGAAGAAGCUGAUUAUUGGAAGAAAAGAGCUUUUAUUUAUCGUAUGAAACCAGGUGAAUAUUUCUAUCGACGUACACAACAAAAUGAUGCCGGUUCGUCGAAUUCAUCCCUCGGUAGCAAUGAAGAACGUAUUGGAAAUCCUAAUGAAUUUAUUGAUGCUGAACGCUGUUGGUUACAACAACAACAACAACAACAGCAACACUAG